AUGCCCAAAACCAAACCCCCAACCCGAAAACUCGACCAAUACUGGCACAAGCCCGGCAUCUGCGGCCUCAUAACCCGAUCCACCCUCCGCACCCUCCAAUUCACCUUCGCGGUCAUCAUCUCCGCACUCUACGGCGUUGACCUCGCCCACGCAACAAAAACCAACACCCAUGCCUCCUCAGAAUGGAUCUACGCCGAAUUCGUUGCCGCAGUAUCCGCGCUCACCUGUAUCAUCCAUUGCUUCGUCACGGUAAUACAUGUCGCAUGGUCAGCGUGGGAUGCAGUGCUAUUCGUGCUCUGGCUGGCGCAGGUUGGCAGGUUGGGGUCGAUAUAUGUGUCUGAUGUGCAGGGUGAGUAUGAAGAUGCCACGAUGUCGAUAACCCGCAUGCGGGUUGCGGUGUGGAUUGGACUGGUUAAUAUGGUGUUGUGGCUUGGGACGACGGUUUUGGGGGUUGCAUGGUGUGUGAGGACGAAGAAGGCUACGAGGAGGACGGAUCUGGUUGAGGGGGGUAAGCAGGAGAUUUUGAGUGAUGUGGAGCGUGUUGCUGUGUAUGUUGAUAGGAGGACUCCGGUUGGAGUGGUUGGCGAGAAGGGUGUUGAAGGGGGUAAGGGUGAGAAGAUGGUGUCUGAGAAGGGAGUGGAUUGUUGA